CUCUUUCUUGGGUCAAUUCACUUAUUUCAAUUAUCUCUUCGUCGAUUCCCAUCCAUAACGGUAUUCGGAAUGUUAUCUUCUGCAUUCUUUGUUCUUGCGCUUCUCGGUCACGCAUCUUGCGCCCCAUCGUUCGACGUUCGUGAUACCACGCCGACCGACACUGACCUCCUACUUUCUUGCCCUGGUGCUGCUGGCUCGCCCAACGUCCGGGAUGCCGACAGAUGCACUCUCAUCAACAUUGUCAAUAAUCCAGACGUCCGUCCAUUUGUCGCCAUCGGUGAUGCGCAGCUCAACUGUGACGGUGGUACUGAGGCCAAAACAGUUACGAUCGGCGGCUCUACGUCGACUACCACCACAUUCACCGUCAACGCUAACCUAGGCAUCUCCUUCGAGGGUGUCUCCAUCGGCGGCGGAGCAAGUUCCGAAUCGGGUACAACGACUGUGACUUCAAAGUCGACGACGUUCACUGUCAGUCCUGGAAGACAGGUUGUUAUGACCGCAGGGAUAUUACAGCACUCCCAAUCUGGGAAUGUACAAGUGAACUAUGGGGAUAGGGUAGAUGGACAUUACGAGUGGUACACGGGUGCGACUGUGACACAGUUGACUCCCACAGACGACACGGAAUUCGAUAUUCACGAAAGUGCAUGCGGCACUGACCCGAAGGAUCCCAACAACGACUCGUAAUGUUGUCGACUUGAUAAUUCCUUACAAAUGUCAUGUUUAUCUACGUCCAUAUUCUUCACGGACAAUUUGUAUUUAUUGUCGUUAUCGACAAUGCCACUUUCGCUCCUUAAUUAAUGGACGGAUACAACGG